AUGUCGUUGGAUGAGAGUCGAAGCACAACGCCAGUACUUUGCCCCGGUGAUUCGCCGUCUCCUGCACCAUCUUCUUCACAGCCCGACAGUCAGGGCACCUGUAGUAAUGGAUACCAAAGCGCUAUCAGCGAAAAUAGUAGAGUUGAAAGUCCAUCUCAUGCUACUAACUUGCCGAGCAACAUCUAUAUGCAUCGGAUCCAGUCAGCUUCACCCGCA